AAUCAACACGCUGUCGCCGGGGAUGCACAAUUGUCAAGUUUGGAUGUUGAUCAAACACCGGAUGUCCAAGAACUUGAUGAACGUCACUUGCUGUGCGCUGUAUCUCUCGAACAACCAGGGAGUAUCGACCAGCCUAUUGUUAUUGACGACGAUGACGAUGAAGAUCUGUCACCUCCUUCCUCAGAUUUGGCAGGUCCUCUCGAUAUAGAUACCCCAAAGUCAGCUCGCUCAGCAGGCGGCCCGUUGGGCUAUACAGAGCACAGUCCAUUGGUCGAAGACUUCAUGUACGUCGAGCCUACUCCUGGUGCACAGCCUGGAACAAUCGCCGAAAGCAACCAGGAGCUUUUGACAAUGGCGAGCACCUUGGUUAAUCCCUCCGACCUCGAAAGCGUUCAAUCAAACAGGCCAGACAUUACAAUUGGUGAUGCUCCCAGACGUCCGAUUCCAGGAUGCGGGCCUUCUGUCAAAACUGAAGACUUGACUGAAGAAAAUUCGGGGACACUGCUCGUGCCAGCUCGUCGCAUGGGGAUUGAUACGUCACUCGAGGAUACGGGUAGCUCAAGGCUCGACAAACGUCAGCUUGUAUCGUCGAACUCUGAGGAAGGCGAUGAUGCCGAGGACAUCAGACCUUCAAAGCGGGCCCGGCGCUUCUCCUCCUCCUCCCUACAGAAGCCUCCCUCGAAAUCAGGCACCUUUGAAGUGACCCAUGAGGACUCUCUUAUUGCGAUCUACCUCGAAGACGAGCGAUUUGAUGUACAGAAAUCAAGAUUUCUACGACAUUCGGAGUCGUUCUCGCAGGUUUUCAUACCCGACCGUGGGUUUCGUAUAGGAGCAUCCGCGCUAGUGGGACCUUGGAUGUUGCUCUCGAAAACUGCUGUCCGUAUAAUUGGGGUCUCUGCUGCGGACUUCAAGAGUCUUCUAGAGGCUUUGGAUGAUGUCUACGAUUUCAUGUUCGACACGCCUGUAUUUCCCAAGCUUGCAUCCAUCCUUCGAGCAUCCACAGUACUCGGUUUUACGAAAGUGACGAGGUUCGUCGUGAAUUGUCUGGAGCACAUGUGGCCGUCAGAUUUGUCCCGCCUGUCUCACACUCGAAUACCGUAUGCGAUCGAAACAAUCGAGAUAGCUAGAAAGAACGAUAUACCACAAAUUCGCAAGCGAGCCUUCUACGAGGUCGUCAAAGCCGCGUCCGGCGCGUCCAUUCAAGAUGACAACUUUGGCGACAUGCUGUCCGACAAGGAUCGUCUACUGGUCUAUAGAGUCCAGGCAGUCUUCCAGAAGGAGUGGAUGAUGAUUGCCAAGGCCGCGCCCCACACACAAUGCGAUAAGACCAAGUCAGCUGGAAGAUCAAGCUGUUGUGUACAUCGCGACAUCCGAGUUCAACACUGGUCCGUGCUGGUUACGGAAUCACCCGUCUAUGACGAAGGGGUCCAGGAUAUCUUGUAUGGUCUUGAUCGUCUGUCGUCUUUGGAUUGGUCCACCCAAGGAUGGUGCAUAGUGUGUAUCGAGGAUUGGAGAAGAGUCCUGCAACAGAAAAGGACAGCGCUUUGGUCUGAUUUGGACAGAUACGUUCAGCAAGGAUAACUUGUUUUACUUUGCCCCCCCUGACUCUACUUACUGUGAAGACACCGAUUCAUUCAAGGUUACGUCUGAGGUUCUCAGUCUAGCGUAGGCUUAUGUCCAUUCAUUGCGAAGUAAGCCAUCGAUGAGGCAGGCAUCGUUCGAAAGUAGUACUGCAGAUGCACCUGGCUAUUUAAUUUUUUUUCAUUCUCAGCAGGU